AUGCGUUCGCCGACUACCUUCACUGCCUUGGCUGCUCUUGCGUCGUCCGUUUCAGCAGCACCUCACACCAUCACGACCCGUGCCGACUCUGGCGCUCAGAACGUCGUCUACUGGGGCCAGAACGGCGGCGGUGUUGUCGAGAACAACGACCUAGCCACCUACUGCAGCCAGUCUGCCGGCGUCGACAUUGUUGUGCUUUCCUUCCUAUACGAGUACGGCAACGGCAACAAAAUUGCCUCUGGCACCAUUGGCCAGUCCUGCUACAUUGCGCCCUCCGGCGAGGGACAGAACUGCGAUGACCUGGCCAAGGCCAUCGACACCUGCAAAUCCAACGGUGUCAAGGUCAUCGUGUCUCUCGGCGGCGCCGCGGGCGCCUACUCGCUCUCCUCCCAAGACGAGGCCGAGACCAUCGGCCAGAACCUGUGGGAGGCCUACGGUAACCUCAACGGCGCCAACGGCAGCGUGCCCCGCCCCUUUGGCAGUACGUUUGUCAACGGCUGGGACUUUGACAUUGAGAGCAACAGCGGCAACCAGUUCUACCCGGCCAUGAUCGCCAAGCUGCGCGGCAACUUUGCCUCGGACGCAGCCAACCAGUACUUCAUCACCGGCGCGCCGCAGUGCCCGAUCCCGGAGCCCAACAUGAACGAAAUCAUCACGCAGGCGCAGUUUGACUACCUCUGGGUCCAGUUCUACAACAACCCCGGCUGCUCCGUCGACGGCACCAUCAACUUUGACGACUGGAAGAAGAACGUCGCCAACACGCCCUCGUCCAACGCCAAGAUCUUCAUCGGCGUCCCUGCCUCGCCCCUCGGCGCCACCGGCACCCAGAGCGGCGCCAAGUACUAUCUCGAGCCUACGAAGCUUGCUUCGCUCGUCGGUGAGCACAAGUCUGAUACGGCCUUUGGCGGUGUCAUGAUGUGGGCGGCGGGCUUCUCUGAUGCUAACGUCAAUAAUGGCUGCACUUAUGCGCAGGAGGCCAAGCGCAUCCUCACCACUGGCUCUACAUGCUAG